AUGUUCCUGUCCAAGGCGCCACUCCUUAUAUGCCUCCUUUCGUGUCGUAACCUUCAAGCCUUUGUCUUAAGGCGGCAAGGUCUUUCCAAAAUUCCGUCGCUCAACAUCGGCGGUCCUGUGAGCAAGUCAAUUGGCAACAAGCUACGGAAAGCUAUGGAGGAGAAGGAGUUGCAAAAGAGAUCGGAACACCCAGCCUCGUUUAGGGGCUGGAGGGAGGUGUCUGGUUACGAUAAGUCUUAUGCGCUAUCCCCAGUCGAUGAGAUUAUGGAUCUCUUGACAAGAGCAACCACACUCGAUCAGUAUUUGCCAGAAUUUGCGUACGGUGAUUGGUACCAUGGAAUUGCGAUCACAAUAUUGGCGUCAUUAUUGUCUGGCCUUUUUGGCUGGCUUAAAUGGAGCCUUGGUGCUGUUUUCUUGGUAACGUUUGCUGCAGCGUUUUACUAUCGUUCUUCUGUGAGAAAAUACAGAUUGAAAUUGAGAUUGGAAGCACAAAGAGAGUUUGCAGUUCAUGCAAUCGAAGACGACUUUGAAUCGUUAGAUUGGCUAAACGUCUUUUUAGACAGAUACUGGGUUUUCCUUGAACCUUCCAUCUCUCAACUAGUCACUGAUGCUGUCAACCCUAUGCUGGCUGAAUUGGAGGCCAUUCCUGCUUUUGUCAAGGGAAUCUGGAUUCAUACCCUUACACUCGGUACCAAACCCCCAAGAGUCGACAAGGUCAGAACGUUGGACAGAACUGCAAGUGACGUUACUGUUAUGGACUGGGAAGUUUCGAUGAUUCCAAACGCUUUGGAAGAUUCAACCGCAAAGCAAAUGAGAAACAAGGUCAAUUUAGAAGUGUUGUUAAAGGCCCAGCUUUUUGGUAUGACCAUUCCCAUUUUAGUUUCAAAUGUUUCUUUCAGCGCCAAAGCUAGAGUCAGAUUGAGAAUGAUGACCAACUUCCCCCAUAUUCAGACAGUUAGCGUCUCUUUAACCGAGCCACCUAAAUUUGACUUUGUUGCAAAACCAGUAGGUAGUGACUCAAUUUUCGGUUUUGAGAUUUUCAACAUUCCAGGUUUGUUCUUACUAGUCAAUGAAAUGCUCAAGAAGUAUUUGGGCCCAAUGCUUUUUUGUCCCUUGUCAUUCCAAUUGAACUUAGAACAAUUGCUAGCUGGUAAUGGAGUCAAUGGUGCAUUGGGCGUGUUGGAACUAAGAGUUAAAGAUGCCAAAAAUUUACAAGGUGCUGAUACUUUCAACAACACUAUCGAUCCUUACUUUACAUUUGGUUUCAGUGGCUCAGUUUUGGCCAAAACUAAAAUUGUUAAUGAUACUAUAAACCCAGUGUACAAUGAAACCAUUAGAAUUAUCUUGAAUUCUUCCGCAGAUCCGCUUGCCAUCAUGUUAUACGAUGAAAAUAUUUCCGACGGCAGGAAGGACAAAUUCAUGGGUGCAGCAUUAUAUGAUUUGGAAGACUUGAUGUCUAAGGGCUUUAUCGAAAACAUUUCCUUACCUGUUUUGAGAAACAACUACCCUGCAGGCUGUUUUAAUUUUGAUAUCAAGUUAAUGAGAUCGCUACAAGGUUCGAAGUUGCCAGAUGGUUCUUAUAGUCCUCCACCUGAUUUCAACACCGGUGUUGCAAAGAUUACCUUGACAGGUGCUAGAUCGUACACUAAAGACGAAGAGGAGAAAGCUUCAGUUUAUGCACAACUCUAUGUUUCGGGUGAAAAGAAACUUGAAAGUCCAGUUGCCAAAAAUGCUUCUUCUGCAUCAUGGAACUGCAGUUUUGAGGAUAUAAUAUAUGACAGAUCCAAGUCAAGAGUUCGUAUUAUUUUGAGAGAAAAAUCUAAGGAAAACAAAAUCAUUGGUUCCACAACAAUGCGCUUGGUUGAUAUCAUUGAUGCAUCUUAUGUUGGUAACAGCUGGUUCACUAUGAACUCUGGUCUCGGGGAGGUCGAAAUCUCGUGUAACUGGAAUUCUGUCAAGAUUGCAGGUGUUCCCGGUGCAAUCGGUUACAGUGAACCUGUUGGUGUUUUAAGAGUUUACAUUGAAAAGGCAGAAGAUUUGAUUAACCUUGAGAAGAUAGGUGUUAUCGACCCUUACAUCAGAGUUUUAGUCAAUGGUAUCCAAAGGGGUAGAACUUUAACAGUUGAUUCUACCACUUCGCCGAAAUAUUAUGAGUCGAUAUAUCUUCCAGUCUCUUCUAUUAACCAAAGAGUUACAAUUGAGGCGAUGGAUGUCGAAAGACAUACUCAGGACAGAACAUUAGGUUCAUUCCAGAUAAGAUUGAACGAGUUCAUUGAUUACAACGCAAAGGGAGAUCCUAUUGAAACCAAAGGUGAGCUUUCUGAAGCUAGACUUUUCCAUAAAAGAAAAGGUGCCAAGGGUAUUGUAUCUUAUUCUUUAGCAUUUUACCCUGUCUUACCUAGUGCAACACCUGCAGAAAUUGAGGAGAAAAUUGAUGCUGAAGAAAAGAAAAUGAAAAGCAAAGCAACUGAAGCUCAAAAAGCCAAGGUCAUUGAUUCUGCUGCGUUGACUGUGGAUACGAAACCAAGACAUGAAUUGACUCUUGCUGACUUACCGAAAUACAACUCAGGUGUGUUAGUUUUGACAAUUUUAGGUUCCAAAUUCUCCACUGGUGGAUACUUCCAAGUGUUCUUUGAUAAGCAAGGUCACGCUUCCUUUGAAACUAAAGUCACGCCGCAAAGUAAUAUUAGCUUUACAUUUGACUAUUUGGUCAAGGAGCUCAAGAACUUUUCUCUCAUUACGUUCAGAAUUGCUGAAAAGCCUAACCAAACUUUGAAAAAAUCAGCCUCUAAAGAAGUUACGAUGCCGACCUUCACGUUAUUGGAAAACAGUUAUGGCAAAAAGUCAAUGUUAAAAAUACCUGACAACAGUAAUGUUAUUCAAAUCAGUUCGAAGUACCUACCGGCUCUAAUCAGUUCAUUGCCGCCAGCAGAUUCUAUUGGUAACUCAGGUACGUUGUCACUCGAAAUUUUAAAUGCGAGUGACUUACUAUCGAUGGACUCUAAUGGUAAAUCAGAUCCAUUCGUUGAAGUUUACCUUAAUGGUGAGAGCUUUUUCAAGACCAAAACCAAGAAGAAGACGCUUGAUCCCGAAUGGAAUGAAUCUACAACUAUUGACAUUGAUUCACGUGUGCAAUCUAUUUUACGUUUUAAAGUCAGCGAUUGGGAUUUUGGUGUUGAGCAAGAUGAUAAGAUUGGUGAAUACAAUUUCGCUCUCAAAGAUAUCGAUCCAUUUGGAAACAAAAUGACUGACUUUGAAUUUCCGUUGGUUGCUGAUGACGGAACAGCCGCUGGUACAUUGUACGUGAGAAUUGGCUUCAAACCUGAAUAUCAUACAUUGAUUAGUACUGAGAAAGCAUUACCAAACCCAUCCAGUAUGGCAGUUGAUGGCGCCGGUAAAAUUUUAGGUACAGGUGUAGAUGGUGCAGGAAAGGUCUUGGGUACUGCCGGUAAGAUCGGCGAGAAGGCUCUACACGGCGCCGGUGCUAUUGGUGGAAUUUUCAAAAGAAAACAUUAA